AUGUCUGAAAUUACCAAGGCCACCGUCCAAGCUGCUCUGAUCAACGCAGGGUCCAACGUCCUUGCACAGGGAAUCGGAGCGUACCAAAAUGACAAACCCUUCGAGCUCGAUACCACAGCCGUGAUCCAGUUUACUGCAUGUGCCAUCGUCUCCUCGCCCUUGAUCUUCCUGUGGUUGAACGGCCUCGAGGCCCAGUUCCCUGGCACCACCACCACAACCACCAAGACGGAAAAGGGCGAGACGCAGAAAAAGACCCAGUUGAAUGUGCCCAACACUGUGGCGAAGGUGGUCCUCGACCAGACUGUCGGCGGCGCGUGGAUCACCGCUCUCUUCAUCGCGACCAUGGGCGCUCUCCGUGGACAGGAUUAUGGUUUGAUUAUGGAGCAGAUAAAAACUGACUUCUGGCCUAUCAUGAUCGCUGGCCUGAAGAUGUGGCCCUUCGUGUCUAUCCUGAACUUCACCGUCGUACCGGCCGACCAGCGGUUACUGGUGAACAGUCUGUUUGGCGUCAUCUGGGCGGUUUAUCUGAGUCUCAUGUCUGGUUGA